AUGGUUGGAAUAUUCGGAGGACCUUCUCUCAAGCGGACGUACUCAGAGGCUGACCUCAUGGAGGACGAUGUUGGUGUGGAUGAUGACAACACAGAACCAGUUCCGGGUGCUCCAGAGGAUCCUUCAUUGCUAAUUAGCUUUCGUAACCAUGUUGUUGCCUCUUUUUGGAAGAAAAAGCUUGCCGAGUGGCCAUGGAUGUCACCAAUAGUCGAAAAUGCUAGGUGGAGACAUUUGGUUGAGCAGUCUGGUCUUAGUGUCCUUAUUGAUCACACACAUCGACAUGGCAAUAGAGUGGCAAUAUCUGCAUUCGUCGAAAGGUGGCAUCCAGAGACAAAUACAUUUCACAUGCCAGAUGGCGAGAUGACUGUCACGUUGGAUAAUGUGCGGAUCAUACUUGGAAUUCCAGUCACUGACAGGGCUUUGUCAUGUCCUAAGUUAACAAGAUAUGAGGCUGCUGAACUAGUGAGUGAUACUUUGGGAGUGUCGGUGAAUGAUGCAUUUGCAGAAUUAGUUCAAUCUCGUGGAGCUAGAGUGGUCGAGAAUCAGAUUUCAUGA